GUACGAAUGCCUCGCCGCCAAAAUCCAAAACCCCCAAAUCUUCAAAUAGUUCGAGGUUUGCCCGCGGCUUUACCACUAAGCUUUCGAACCGUCCACCCUAAUUCGUUUCUCAUAACCUCUCCGGGAUGGAGGAAGAUAACGAGGCAAAAAACUGCGUGUGCCAAGUGUGCGGCGGCCGCAGCUUCUACGAAAACGACGGUUUCUAUUAUUGCCAGGAAUGCAGUUCUCAGGCUCAAGGAAUCAUGCUCACCGACGUUGCCGACGAGGAUUUCUUCGAUAAAACCGGCGGCGGUGGCGGCGGCCUCUAUAGUGCUCGCUUCACCCGGCGUUCCCAGCCCACCCUUAGUCAGCGAACCGAAGCCAAUUUCACUUCCCAACUGUGGUACCAAUUCUCGCAGGAAGUGGAAGGGAGCAAAGAGAUUACGCCCAAGAAAGAGCUGAGUCGCUAUUCUAAUUGCGACGGCGACCCGAUUGGUCCUACGGAGCCGGAGGAUUUUGCGGCGAAAGCGACGGGGACGCUCGAUUACGAGGAUUACUUCAAUGAGGUGAGGAUUAGGUACAUAAUGGGGAUACAGUGGAUGAUUCAGUUACAAUGCGAGGCUUUGGUUGAGAAUUUCGGUGUCAGCCCUUUGAUCUGUGGGAUUGCCUCUGCUGUUUGGUUGAGGCUCGUGGUUGUGGCUGGAGUGUUCAAAGAUGGCUGGGCUAAUGCCACAUUAACGGAAUCCGAGAUUCAAAACCGGGCAGGGGAAGCUUACUACAGUAAAGAUCAUCGCAAGCGCAGCAAUGAACCACAUAAUGCAUAUGGCCAGCGAGCUGUAAUGGUUUGGUUUAGGAGUUUGAGGAAAGUAAUACCUCUAGAUUACUCUUUGGCUAUCUGUUUUUUAGCUUGCCAUGUUGCAAGGGAAGCAGUUCUACCUACUGAUAUAGUGAAGUGGUCACUUGAAGGUAAGAUUCCUUUUUUUGCUGCCCAUGUUGAAAUUGAGAAGCGCUUCGAACAACCAUCGCUUGCCUGUCCGAUAAGUUCGUCCCUAAUGUUUAGGCCUUCUCAGCCAGUUCCUUUCCAGAAAUUGGAAGCAAUGGCAGCUAGUAUUGCCGAGUUAAUAGGUUUGAGUUUGCCACCAGUGAACUUCUAUGCAGUAGCGUCUAGCUUUCUCAAUCAACUGUCUGUUCCUGGCGAAAAGAUUCUUCCACAUGCUUGCCACAUCUAUGAGUGGUCAAUGCCUCCUGAUUUGUGGUUGUCAACAAAUGAGUUGAGACUUCCCACUCGUGUCUGUGUGAUGUCGAUAUUGAUUGUAGCAAUUCGAAUGCUAUACAAUUUAAAUGGUUUUGGUGCAUGGGAAAGGAGCUUAUCUAAAUGUGUCCCUUCUGGAGGUGAAAAAAUGGUCAUCAAUGAACGCGUUGUUCAGGGAUUGAAGUUUGAUUCCGGGGAACUCUUGCGCAAUCUUGAGUCAAAGUAUAGUGAGAUUGGAGAACCAUGUGAAUUUGCGAAAGACUUGCCAUCAUAUCUCCAGUACUGCAAUGACGUGGUAUUUGCCGGAGGUGGUUCAUCUUCGCAGGACCAGCGGGAGGAAGAAGAAUUGAUAGAGAAGCUAUGGAAUUAUUACCAGAAUGCAAAGGAUUGCGAGUCCGGAGAAGAAGAGCCUGAGAUGCAUAGCUAUACUGUUAAUAAAAAAAGAUCAACGAGUGAUGACGAUGGUUAUAUCCCAACACAGCCAGUACCAAGGCAAUUCAGAGAGAUGUCAAAUGAAAGCCCCUCUCCUCAUAGUUCCAACAACCACGGUAGCGAUUCCCCGCUCCAGGAUUCUGAUAAUACCGACACUUCCGAAGAAAUCGCUCUCAGGAAAUUGAAAACGGACAUGGAGGAGAAUCAUUUCUGCUACAUCCCACCGAGGGUUAAUGCCAAGAGAUCUGGCUAUCUCCAAUAUGCAAGGAAACAGGACGAAGGUAUUUUGAGAUAUAUUGCGCAUGCAGAUUACUACAUCCUGCUGCGUUCUUGUGCAAAAGUUGCUCAUGUCGAUAUAAGGUUCAUGCACAUUGCGGUGUUGGGUCUGGAGAGGAGAUUGGCUUGGUUGGAGAAAAGGAUUCAUCAUUGCUUGCAUUAGACCCCUCCUAGUAUUACUUGUGACAGCUAUAGGGAUGUUCCAGCUUGCGAGUACGAUGUUGGAGCGAUUGGCAUCAACGACCAGUGGAGCAAUGGUGGUCUGUAGGAGCCUCUAGGCGUUGACACAAUGAUGGCGAGGUGAUGGAGGUGGCCAGUGGUGCAUUGCCCGCUCUAUCGACCUGAGGCGGGUCCGCAAGAGCGCAACGAUGAUGGAGAUGGUAGUGAGGCGCUGCGGUGGCUUGGAGCUGGUGGAGUAGACAGGAUCGACGACGAUUCCUGGUUCGAUUGGCGAGCCAGUGAUGACGAUGGCAACCGCACUGGGAUGGUGUAGUCGAGGUUGGCGACCGUCUAGUGGUGUCUCAACGAUCUAGGGCCUGUAGUGCAGCGACGGCGACGGGGAUAGGCGCGUCGCUGCGUCAACAAGCCAAGCGGAGAUGAGGGACACAACUUUGGCUGUUUUGCCUGGUGAACACCCUGACCAUGUUGUGGUCAUCAAGGCCAUGUUCCACCCUUUCCACCCUAUGCAACCAUUCUCAGUUACCUUACCAAGGUUUCUCUGGUUCCAUGAGGCAAUACCAGUUGUGAAUGCACCCUCAAAAUAGAGGGCAAUGCUGGAGAAUAUCCUAAGCUUGUUUUGGUUUGCCUCCUAAGAAUAACAUGAUCUUGGAAUACAAGUGAAGGAAGGAAAAACAAGAGGAACAAAAAAUUAUUUUGCUUUUCCUACUUAUACAUGAUAUGCAGCAUGAAACUAUGAAGCAAAGUGCCAAGUGUUUGGAGUUAUGUUCGAGUAACGCCGGAGAAGGAGAUCUAUCUGAAUUGGUUUAUAGUUUCAUUGAUGCUAUAAUUUAUUCUUCUCUUCCAUUAUGGGAUUUUUGGUUGC